UGAGCUCGAGGAUCGGGGCUUCGCGGCCUGAGAAAUAUCUAUUCAAGAUGUUGUUGCUGCAUAUUUGGCUCAUACAAGCUUUGGUUGUUUUGCUCGUCUCUGAAAGUAUAGGUGAUCUUGUGGAAACAUGCGGUGUUAUCAACCCUGAAUCUCCAGUUAUCCUAAGUGGUUCUAAUUUCACUGCAUUGUGUGUGUUAAAGGAAAAAUGUAUGAGUACUUAUGAAGUAAAUGCUUCUCACAUUGUCUGGAAAGCAAACCGUGUUCUUAUUCCUGAGGAACAGUAUACCGUCAUAAAUGCCACAACAUCCAGUGUCACCUUGACAAAUAUAAGUUUAUCAAAUGUUCAGCUUAUAUGCAACAUUCUUGCAUUCGGACAGAUUGAGAUGAAUAUCUAUGGAGUCAGAAUGCGAGUAGGCUUUCCGCCAGAAAAACCUAAAAAUUUGAAUUGCAUUGUGAAUGAAGGGAAGAAAAUGAAGUGUCAGUGGGAUCCUGGAAGGGAAACACAGUUGGAAACAAAUUUCACUUUAAAAUCUGAGUGGGCAACAGAGAAGUUUCCUGAUUGUAAAGCAAAACCUGACACUCCCACCUCAUGCACUGUUGCCUAUUCUCCCGUGUAUUUUGUCAACGUGGAAGUCUGGGUAGAAGCACAGAAUGCCCUUGGGAAGGCUGUAUCCAAUCAUAUCAACUUUGAUCCUAUAGAUAGAGUGAAGCCCAAUCCACCUUAUAAUUUAUCAGUGAGUAACUCAGAAGAGCUGUCUAGUAUCUUAAAAUUAACAUGGAUCAACCCAAGAAUUACGAAUGUUAUAAGCCUCAAAUACAACAUUCAUUAUAAGGCCAAAGAUGCUUCAGCUUGGAGCCAGAUUCCUCCUGAAGAUACAACAGCAACCCGCACUUCAUUCACUGUCCAGGACCUUAAACCUUUCACAGAAUAUGUGUUUAGGAUUCGCUGUAUGAAGGAAGAUGGAAAGGGUUUCUGGAGUGACUGGAGUGAAGAUGCAAGUGGGACCACAUAUGAAGCAAGACCAUCCAAAGCACCAAGUUUCUGGUAUAAGAUACCACCCCAGACUCAAGGCUCUCGAUCUGUACGGCUUAUAUGGAAGGCACUGCCUCCUUUUGAAGCCAAUGGGAAAAUCUUGGAUUAUGAGGUGACUUUAACAAGAUGGAAAUCACGUUCACAAAAUUUCACAGUUAAUGACACAGACUUGACAGUGAAUCUCACAAAUGAUCGCUAUAUAGCAACACUAGCAGCAAGAAAUCUGGUUGGCAAAUCAGAUGCAUCUGUUUUAACUAUCCCCGCCUGUGACUUUCAAGCUACUCACCCUGUAACGGACCUUAAAGCAUACCCCAGAGAUAACAUGCUUUGGGUAGAAUGGACUCCUCCAAGUAAGGCUGUAAGGAAAUACAUAGUUGAGUGGUGUGUGUUAUCAGAUACAUCACCCUGUGUCCCAGACUGGCAGCAAGAAAGCGGUACCGUCCAUCGCACCUAUUUAAGAGGGAAGCUAGUGGAAAGCAAAUGUUAUUUGAUAACAGUUACUCCAGGAUAUAGUGAUGGACCAGGAACCCCUGAAUCCACAAAGGCAUACCUUAAACAGUCUGCACCUUCCAAAGGACCUAUUGUUCGGACAAAAAAAGUGGGGAAAAAUGAAGCUAUCUUAGAGUGGGACCAGCUUCCUGUUGAUGUUCAGAAUGGAUUUAUCAGAAAUUAUACCAUAUUUUAUAAAACCAGCAAUGGAAAUGAAACUGCUGUGAAUGUAGAUUCUUCCCACACAGAAUACACAUUGUCCUCUUUGACUAGUGACACACUGUAUAUGGUACGAAUGACGGCAUACACAGAUGAAGGUGGAAAGGAUGGUCCUGAAUUCACUUUUACUACGCCAAAGUUUGCUCAAGGAGAAAUAGAAGCCAUAGUUGUACCUGUUUGCUUAGCUUUCCUAUUGACAACUCUUCUAGGUGUAUUGUUCUGCUUUAAUAAGCGAGACCUAAUUAAAAAGCACAUCUGGCCUAAUGUUCCAGACCCUUCAAAGAGUCAUAUCGCCCAAUGGUCACCUCACACCCCUCCAAGGCACAAUUUUAAUUCAAAAGAUCAAAUAUAUUCAGAUGGCAAUUUUACUGAUGUGAGUGUUGUGGAAAUAGAAGCAAAUGACAAAAAGUCUUUCCCAGAAGAUCUGAAAUCAUUGGACCUAUUCAAGAAGGAAAAAAUUAGUACUGAAGGACACAGCAGUGGCAUUGGGGGGUCUUCAUGCAUGUCAUCUUCUAGGCCCAGCAUUUCUAGCAGUGAUGAAAAUGAGUCUGCGCAAAACACUUCGAGCACAGUACAGUAUUCAACUGUGGUGCAUAGCGGCUACAGACACCAGGUUCCAUCAGUUCAAGUUUUCUCAAGAUCCGAAUCCACCCAGCCCUUGUUAGAUUCAGAAGAACGGCCAGAAGAUCUACAGUUGGUAGAUAAUGUAGAGAGUGGUGAUGGCAUUUUGCCCCGGCAACAGUAUUUCAAACAGAACUGCAGUCAACCUAAAACAAGUCCAAAUAUUUCGCAUUUUGAAAAGUCAAAUCAAGCUUCAUCGGGCAGUGAGGAAGAUUGUCUUAGACUUAAACAGCAGCAGAUUUCAGAUCAGAUUUCACAGUCCUGUGGAUCUGAGCAAAUGGAAAUGUUUCAGGAAGUUCCUGCAACAGAUGCUUUUGGCUCAGAGACUGAGGGACAGGUAGAGAGAUUUGAAACAGUUGGAAUGGAGUUCACAGUCGAUGAAGGAAUGCCUAAAAGUUACUUACCACAGACUGUAAGACAAGGUGGUUACAUGCCGCAGUGAAAGACUAGUUCCUCUUACUACUUCAGCAGUACCUAUAAAGCUAAAAAUAUUUUAUCUGUGAUCUCAGAUAAAAAUAAUCUUCACUCCUUGAAGAUGAUCUUUGCCCUUAAGGAUAAAAUCUCACUUGGGCUAUUUCCAUUCCAGAAUAUCUGGGAUUGCACUUUAAGCACUACAGAAACGGACUUUAUCCUCUGAAUACUGAAUAAUUUUGUGUUCUUUGUGACUGUUUGCACUGAAGAAAAUUGGCUUAUCUGAAAUUAUAAAGUAAAACUUGUGUUUUCCUACACAGAAGACAGAGGUUUUUAAACAAUGAUCAGUGAUAUACUGUACUUCAAACAGCUAUACUGUUUUUUGAUUAGAAUAAUCAUCAAAAAGUAGGUUAAGCAUGGUUAAUUAAAAAAAAAAAAAGUGGCAAGGCCUGGAUCCUCUACUUCAGCUGCCCACAGAAUUUUUAAAAGAGGUCCAUAGGGCUUAACUACCUGAGCCUAGCUUUUGAGGUCUGACAGAAAGAAAUGGUGGGAGCAAUUAUAGUUUAAAAAUUCAUCAUUUUCCUUCUCUUGGUAAUGAUGCUGCAACUUGUUACUGAGAAAAGGAAGUUAGUGCUUUACCUUGGCAGAUUAUAUUCAGUUUUUUAAUAUGUAAUUUUUUAUAUCUCACUAAAUUUUUAAAAUUUACUUAUUAUUGACAACUUCUUUGAAGCGUCAUCUCACAAAUUCAUUAGAGUGCCCUCCCGAGAGCUAGCUAUAAACUGCACAAACUGUCCUAAGCAUUUAAAAAAUAGCUAUUUUUAAAGAUUUAAAUUAACAUUUUCCCUGUACCUAUAUAAACAUCAUUGACCCUUGUUAAGACUUUAGAAGAUUUGGUUGACAAAGCUUUAUAACAAUAUGUCGUCAGCCUAAAACGUAUUUUAAUUGAAUAUUUUUUUAAGAAUGCCAAGGUUGAAUUAUUUUUCUUUUGAGGUGUUUGUAGCAAACUGAAGAGGACAGUAUUCAUAACAAAAACAGAACUCCAAAAUACACAUAUUGAUCUUAGUAAAUAUCGCAGCUAGCAAAUAUCCUUACACCUAAUGAAGAAGUAGGGUUUGUGCCCCCCCCGGGGGGGUAGUUUUGCUUUUUGUUUGUUUUCCUUUGAGACAAGAUCUCACUGUGUUGCCUAGGCUAUCCUUGAAUUCCUGGGCUCAAGCUGUCUUCCUGCGCAGCCUCCUCAGUGGCUGGGACCACAGGCGUGUGCCACCACACCCAGCAGAAGGUAAUAUUUUCAUGACUGCCGGUAUCUUAAACCUUUUUCUUCCAGUUAUUUUCUUCAGGGGAGAAGUGAGUCAGGGUUUCAGGGUUUAACACUAAAAUUUCUAAUGCGUUUAUGCCAUCCUCUCACUAUAACCUGUGACAUGGACGAAAGAUAAGAUGCUGAGUAAAAAAUUGUCACUCUUUAUUAGUGAUUGACUGCUACCACCAAGAAAAUUCAGAAGAAAAAUUUUUUCUCUUAUAUUUAAGUUGCAGAAAACAGACAGACUUAUAGUAGUUUCUAGAGGUUAUUAAAUAAUAAAAGCUGAGAAAAAUUAAUAUGCAUUUUCAGUUGAAAUUCUACUUUUUACUCUUAGAAUUUUGUUACUAUUAGACUUCCUGUUAUAUUUUA